ACGUUGAAACAACCAGAAUUAGCCCCACUGUGCUACCGUUUUAAUAUGCUUCGUGUUGUUUACGCAAAGUUGGUUGUAAUUUUUGACAAAUUACUUUAAUGAAGGGAGAGAAAAAAUAGACGUUCUUAUAUUCUUUCAUUGGUUUGAAAUCCAGUCCUAAUCAUAGUAUAUUUUUUCAAUAAAACGAAGAUGGAACGUGUCUGUACACAUAAAAACAAAGAGAUUUUGAAACUAUUUUUUAUCUUCACUAUCUUUGUUUUUUGUCUAUCUGUAGCUGAAUACAAUAUGUUUUUUCGAAAGUGUAAGAUAGUAAGACGAAAAGUACUUGAACACAUACAAAAACCACACGUGGAGUAUAAAGUGAAUAUAUCGACAAGUUAUCAAGGUAAAACGUUGAGCAAUGACAGUCAAACAAGUAGAAACCAGUCAGCAAGUAUCAUUAAACAACAAACAACAGAUGCAAUUCUUUUAUCUAAAAAAAUUAGAAUGGAGAAAGUGAUAGAAGAGCAACAUAGGCGACAGCACCUCUUGCGAAGUCAUUGUCGUGUAAACAGAGGAUUUAAAAGACCAGAAGCUCGACAAAUGUUAGCAAGUGAUCGUUACUCUCUUCUUUAUUGUUCUGUACCAAAGGUUGCUUGCACGAACUGGAAAAGAAUGUUUUUAGUGUUCGAAGGAAAGAUGAAAGAUAUGUUUUCAAUUAAAAAUAAAGACAAAAUACACACUCUUCGCUAUAAAACAUUUUCUGGUAUGAGAAAUUACGAGAAAGAAUGGAGAAAAAAUAUUUAUUUUUCUUUUAUGUUUGUCCGACAUCCAUUUGAACGUUUAUUUUCUGCAUAUCGUAAUAAAUUCCAGAAUCCAACCAAUCCACAUUAUCAGCGAGUCAUAGGUUCCACCAUCUUAAGACUUUUUAGAAAAAACUUGACAAGAAUGCAGUACAUACAAGGAAAAGGUGUUACUUUCAGAGAAUUCUUGCAAUAUAUCCUUCAUAUCUUUAGAAGGAGAGGCUCACAGGGCUUUGAUGAGCACUGGCAAAUCAUGAUGAAUAUAUGCAGCCCUUGCACAAUGAAAUAUAACUUUAUCGGAAAGAUGGAAACGUUAAUGGACGAUGCAGAAUAUAUCUUACACGUCAAUAAACUUGAUAAUUAUAAAUUUCCUUUAAAUGCUACAGAUAAUUACCGUCGCAGUGCAAGUUCUUUAGCUUUGAAGUAUUUUCUUGACAUACCAAAAUCAUACAAACAAGAACUGUAUGAAAUAUACAAACCUGAUUUUAAAGCAUUCGGAUUCAACACUGACAAAUAUCUUUAAAAAUGUCUUGCAACUUAACCAUUUACCACCGAACAUUUUUCUCAAGAACGCACCGGUCUGACUAAAAUCGCAUUUUAACUGAAUGCAUUAUGUAACAUUUCGAUCCUUUUGCAGGGAGGGCAGGGAAAAGUAAAACUUCAUAAAUCGUAAUAAAUCGUUUUUAUUUUGUGAAAAUUAUCAUAUGUUAAAAUGCUUAAACAAGGCUCGAUAAAAAAAAUUAGACUGUAUACAAUGAAAUUAGAAUGUCAAAAAGUUCUGGCGUUGAGUUUGCGACUUAGGUGUGCAUAUGCAGUAUGCAGGCUCUGCAAACACUGUAUACUGAGGAAAAAUUACCUCGGCCAACUUUUUUAAUUAGGUGACGCACAUGGUACAGGUAUAAAAUAUUCUAAUAUCAGGAAUAUUUACUUUAAAAAAAAUAUAGGUUCAAGGUUCGUCUUGAUUUGAACUGCUAUUAAUUGAAACGUUACGUUAAAGUACUAUUAAUUCAAACAUUCGAACAAAUUUUCCGUACCCUUAUAUAAAUUACUUCUGACUUGUAUGAUCAAAUUAGUAUACUGUUCUCUCAUAAACUCAUAAAAAGAAGAAGCAACCGAACUCUUUAUUGUUUUGUACUUUAGAUGUUUGUGUGUGAAUUAAAUGGAGCUAAACACAGUUUAGCUCAUGUUAAUUGCAGUUCCCAAUACUUGAUAGUUGCUAUGCAGAUGCAUCUUUAAGGGUACACAAGGUUGUCUUGCUAUCCCAAGGCAUCUUUGUCUCAAUUAACCAAAUCAAAGCUAUGUGUCAUAACUUGAAGCAACUUUCUUGUUGUUGAUACUUUAGAGUAGGGGACUAAAGGUUUGGGUAUAGUCUGUCCAUAUUAGGAGGUUCUAAGUUAGCCAAUCAACAAUCCAGGGGCCCUAUAAAUAGGAGAGAGUUACUCUGAUUUAGCUUCUCACCAGUAGUAGCAAUAACUUGCUUAACUGAAAUAAUUUUCCCACCCACCCACCCAUAUAUUUCGUUAAUUUUAUUUUAUUUUUCUCUUUAUGUGACACACCUGCAUCAUCGCCACACUAUGUUGGAACGAUAACGGAUUAUCUACAAUCGAACUGGUUCAUCGAGGCUACAUA